AUGACACAAUUCACUCUGCCAGAAAUUUGGAUACAGCAUUUCUUUCUUUCUUUCUUUCCUUAUUUCCCUCUUCACGUCCUUCUUUCUUUUCUUAUUUUCUUCUGGUCUUCAUUCUUUCCAUCAUUCCUUUCUUUCUUUCUUUCUUUCUUUCUUUCUUUUCUUUCUUUCUUUCUUUCUUUCUUUCCUUCCUUGCUUUCUUUCUUCUUUCUUUCCAUCCUUGCUUUCUUUAUUCCUUUCUUCUUUUCUUUCUUCCCUUUAUUUCUUUCUAACUUCCAUCUUUCCCUCCUUCCUUUUUCACUCGCAUCUUUUGCUCUUUCUUUUUCAUUCUUUCAUUCAAUUCUUUAUUCCUGCUGUCAUUUUUCCUCCCUUUCUUUUUCUCGUCCCUCCUCCUUCUCAUCCUCCUUUCUUUGUUCCUUCCUUCCUUUCUUUCUCUUUCUCUUUCUGUCUUUCUUAUUUUUCUUUUUUUUUUCCUUAUAUCUUUCUUUUCCUUCUUUCCUUGCAUUUUUCCUAAGCAUUUCAAUUUUAAAGUUUCUUUCUUUUUUUCUGUAUUUAUUUUCUUUUUUCCUCUUUCCAUUCCCUCCUUCCUAUCUUCUUUCCUUACUUUAUUCAUAUAUUUGUCUUUUUCUUCAACCCUUUCUUCCUUCCUUCCUUUUUUUCCAUGCAUCUUUCCAAACCAUUGCAAUGUUAGUUUCUUUCUUUCUUUAUCUUCCCUUCUUUUUUACUGUCUCCAUUCCUUCCUUCCUUUCCUUCCUUCCUUCCUUCCUGCCUUCCUUCCCUUCCUUCCUUCCCUUCCUUUCCUUCCUUCCUUCCUUCCCUUCCUUCCUUCCUUCCUUCCUUCCUUCCUUCCUUCCUUCCUUCCUUUCUUUCCUUCCUUCCUUUCUUUCUUCCUUCCUUCCUUCCUUCCUUCCUUCCUUCCUUCCUUCCUUCCCUUUUUCCUUUCCUUCCUUCCUUUUCCUUCCUUCCUUUCCUUCCUUACAUCAUUCAUGUAUUAAUUUCUUUUCUUCCUCUCUUUCUUUCUUUUGUUCUUUCUUUCUUUCUUUCUUUUUCCUUACUUCCAUUCUUUCCUUGCUUUUUCCCAAUCAUUUCAACAUUAAAGUUUCUUUCUUUCUUCUUCCUUUCUUUCUUUUCUUUUUUCUCUCUAUUUCUUUCUUCCUUCAUUUUUUAUUUCAUUCAUUUAUUCAUUCCUUUUCUUCCUCCAUUCUUUCAUUUUUUUUCUUUCCUUCUUUCCUUGCUCUGCUUCUUCCUUCCUUCCACCCUUUUACUUCUUUUUUGUCUGCAUUCAUUCAUAUAUUUCUUUCAUUUUAUUCCCAAUCAUUCCAUCUUUAUGUGAAAAUAAUUUCUUUCUCAGUUUUAAGUCUCAAUUUCAGAUGA